AUGAAGAAAGGUUCGGAAGGUUCACCAAAAGUGACCAAAAAAGCGGCAGCAGUGGCUGCGGCGGCAGCGGCGGCGGCCACAUUGGCCGAAAAUGUUGACCUGUGGGCGCGCCAGGACUGGAUCAAGGAUAUUUUGUCUAAAUCGGGCACGGAAAUUAAGGAAGUUCCGGCGGAAGAUCUGUGUAAGAUGGUGUACUAUUCCGGGCUUCCGCUGCUAAUGACCCAGCAGCAGCAGCAGCAACAGCAGCAACAAAUCGCUGUCCACGAUGGAGGAGGUCCUGGGCAGCUCGGGUACGGUGAAUCGACUGGCCCACCGACCGGAGAUCAGCUGUACCGGACGAGCGCCAGUUCAUCGCCCACCAUCGGCUAUCAGCAGCAUGCGAUCAGCCUUAGCAACGGGCUGACGAUCAGCAACGGUGCGCCGGCGGUCUCUGGCCCCAGCAGCCAGGUGACGAUCGUGCUCAGUCCACAUUCGUCGUCGUCGUCGUCGUCGUCGACCCAGCAACCAAAUAUCACCAACCUCACGGCCGUUCCGGGCGGUGGGAGCUACACCCUCGACGGCAGUGGUCCGUAUGGGCCCAGCGGUGGCGGGGGCUCUCCCGCACCGGCACCGGUGGCCACCGGUGGUAACUCCAAGUUCCGCUGCGAACAGUGCAACAUUAACUUUGGCAGCAAAAGCGCCCACACGAGCCACAUGAAAUCUCACGCCAAGCAGGCGGCCGAGAAGGCGGCCACCAUUAAGCAGCUGGACGGUCCGGGCGUGGGGCAACUAUCCCCAGCGGGAGGCGCCGGGCAGCAGCAGCAGCAGCAACAGGAUCCGUACCAGUGCGAUGUGUGCAAGAAGACGUUCGCGGUGCCGGCCCGGCUGGUGCGCCAUUAUCGCACGCACACCGGCGAGCGGCCGUUCGAGUGCGAGUUCUGCCACAAGAUGUUCAGCGUGAAGGAGAACCUGCAGGUGCACCGGCGGAUCCACACGAAGGAGCGACCGUACAAGUGUGAGAUCUGUGGCCGCGCCUUCGAGCACAGCGGCAAGCUGCACCGGCACAUGCGCAUCCACACGGGCGAGCGGCCCCACAAGUGCAACGUGUGCGGCAAAACCUUCAUCCAGUCCGGCCAGCUCGUCAUCCACAUGCGCACACACACCGGUGAAAAACCGUACAAGUGUCCGGUGGAGGGCUGCGGCAAGGGGUUCACCUGCAGCAAGCAGCUGAAGGUGCACUCGCGGACGCACACCGGCGAGAAGCCAUACCACUGUGAUAUCUGCUUCCGGGACUUUGGCUACAACCACGUGCUGAAGCUGCACCGCGUGCAGCACUACGGGGCCAAGUGCUACAAGUGCACGAUCUGCGACGAAACGUUCAAGAGCAAGAAGGAGAUGGAGGCCCACAUCAAGGGCCACGCGAACGAGCUGCCGGACGACGACGAGACUGAGACGGUGAAGGCGGAAGAGUCGUCCGCCUCGAGUGAGGUGGCGGCGGCGGUGGUAGUGGGCGGCCCUGCCGGGGUGGUGGGCGUCGGUGCCGGAAGCAAUAGCAGCAGCAGCGGCGGCAGCAGCAGUCGGAGCAGCAACUUCGAGUACUCGUCCAGUGCCGAGGAACCGGAAAGCAACGGUUCGUGCGAUGAACCAGCUGGCGGGCGUCCUGCAGCGGAAGUGCGGCACGAGGAGGAAGACGAGGAUGAAGAGGACGACGAUGAGGAGGACGAGGAGGAACAACGGGAGAGUAAAUAUUCCGAUCGCAUCCUGGUGGCGUACGAUGGCAGACGGGCCCGGGAUCAUCAGGAACCGGUCUUCGGUGCGGUGGAACAGCGUCCCAGCAUCCCAAUCCAGCAGACUUAUGGAGCGUCGUUGGGUGGUGUUGAUCCUGCCCUGCUGGCUGCCGCCUCGAUCGCCGCCGCGGUCGAGAACGGCCUGUCGUCGGUGGAGGUGAAACUGCAGCGCUCGCUGUCACCGUCGGUCCAACGAUCGACCUCACUGUCGAUCACGAGGAUCACUCCGCCACCGUCGUCCUCAAUGCAGGAGCCGGCAACGGUCGCAACCUCCACAGCCACCAGCAGCCCGUUCCCUUACGAACCGAUGGGCAUCAUGAAGCAUCACGGGUACUUUGCACCCGCUUCCCAGGUCACCGACUUCCGGUCAUCGAGCGAUAUCGUGCGGCAGGUGGAGGCCGCCAUCGCCGGCACGGAGAACCUGCUGACGCCGCCCCGCUCCUCACCGGAAUCUCCCGAUCGCUCGUCGUCGCCCGAAUCCGAUUCAGUAUUAAUGGCCGAUCGGGACAACAACACGCUGCCGCCGCGCAAGCGAAAGCUCUACUUUAAGGACAGCCAGGUCGCGGCCCCGAAAGUACCCGCGCUCGUUGUCCCCGAACAGCGCCAGAACCACACCACCCAACCUCAGCAGGUCACCGACUGUAACGCCGCCGUUAGCCAUCUGCAGCAGCAGCAACCACUUCAUUCCGCCCAACAACCUCAGCUUUUCCUUCAUCAACAACAACAGCAGCAACAGCAGCAGCAUUAUCAGCCGUGUGAGGUGACGCCAUCAUCACCACCACCACCACCACAAACGGUGGCCCCAUCCGUCAUUCGGAUGAGCUCCGUCAUCCAGUACGCCAACAAGUCAUCGUAGAGUCGAGCGACGA